AGAAGAAUAAACUAAAACCCUAAAAAACAAAACCCAUUUCGCGGUUCUCUUUCUCUUUCUCCUUCCCAUUUCCCGUGUCUGUUCAGUCGUCACUCGUCACUGAUCGAACAAAGCAAAUACGCAAAUUCACAACACGAAUCACUGAACCCAUCAAUUUCCCAUUUCCAUUCUUCCCUCAACAAUCAACCCAGAACAAGAAGACACACCAAGAACAACCACAACAAGAAGAAAGGGAUCUCCUUUCUUCCCACAUUCCCUUAAUCUGAUUUUGCCCCCCAAAAUGGAUUCACGGGAGAGGUCGAUGCCUUCUGUUCAUCAACAUCAUCAACAAUCAACUCCACCCAACAGGAUGAUCCCCAACAACGCUUCUUAUUCCGCUAAUAUGCCCAAUUCCAACAAUACUUCCCCUUUGAUCAACCCCAAUUCCGCUGCUGCUCAAAUGAUGUCUUCCGCUUCCCGAUUUCCCUUCAACUCCAUGAUGGGUUCCUCUUCUAAGCCUUCCGAAUCUCCCAAUGCAGCUUCUUAUGAUGGAUCGCAGUCUGAAUUGCGCACUGGUGGCUUUAACAUUGAUUCUGGGAAGAAGAAGAGAGGCCGUCCCAGGAAGUAUUCUCCUGAUGGGAAUAUCGCCUUGGGUUUAUCACCAACCCCCAUCACUUCUUCCGCCGUUCCUGCCGAUUCCGCCGGCAUGCACUCCCCAGAUCCUCGCCCUAAGAAGAACAGGGGACGGCCGCCCGGUACAGGGAAGAGGCAAAUGGAUGCUUUGGGGACCGGCGGUGUUGGUUUUACUCCUCAUGUCAUUCUUGUGAAACCAGGAGAGGACAUUGCCUCAAAAGUUAUGGCAUUUUCACAGCAGGGGCCACGGACUGUUUGUAUUCUCUCUGCCCAUGGGGCUGUCUGCAACGUUACCCUUCAACCUGCAUUGUCAUCUGGUAGUGUGUCAUACGAGGGCCGCUAUGAAAUCAUAUCUCUAUCAGGUUCCUUUUUGAUUUCUGAAAAUAAUGGUAAUCGGAGUCGAAGUGGUGGUUUAAGUGUGUCUCUAGCAAGUGCAGAUGGACAAGUUCUUGGUGGAAUUACCAACAUGCUAACGGCAGCAUCGACAGUUCAGGUUAUAGUCGGUAGCUUUCUCGUGGAUGGAAAAAAGCUAGGAGCAAGUAUACAGAAAUCUGGGCCGUCGUCUACGUCCCCCAAUAUGUUAAACUUUGGUACACCCGUGGCUGCAGGCUGCCCCUCUGAAGGUGCAUCAAAUAAUUCAUCCGACGACAAUGGUGGUAGCCCUUUAAGCCGAGGGCCUGGAAUGUACACCAAUGCGAACCAACCAAUUCAUAAUAUGCAGAUGUAUCAACAAUUAUGGGCUAGCCGAAAUCAAUAAUGAAGCUGCUUUGCUCAACUUAACAGUGUAGUGCAUUGGGUGUCGAAGUGGUUAGUGUUUUGCAUCCCGAUGUAUAGAGGUUAGUUCUGGAUUCUGUCCCUAACAUCCAUUGCGCAAACCCCGUAUCAUAACUUUUCUAGAUUAGAUUCUCUAUUGAUCUUUUAGCUGCUGGUUAGCUUUUUUCUAGUCUGUCCAAAUUGUCUACUUGAACAUUUAUCCAUGAAUGCGGAAUUUCUGAAGAUUGUGGUAAAUUGUAUCGAUUGGGAUGUCAUUAUUAAAAACUAAGAAGGGUAAAUUUUCUACUCUCCUCUCUUAAUUAGGGACAAAAUCAAACGUAUCCAAAUAUGGAUUGUCGAAUCCGUAGUCAGUAACACAUUAGUUUUAACCUCUUGGAAAAGCCAUGAAGUUGAGUCAACAUGAUUAUUCAUGGAACGAUGUGUUCAAAUCAAAAUGAGUACAAAUUAUUAUUGUUAA